UGACUUCCGCUCCUGCGCCGCGGACCUUCGUGACUGUAUGCCUACCGCGCUCUGGGGCUUGUGACAGAGCUCUGCCACCACCGGAAAAGGUGGGCGAAGCGAGCUGCCGCAUCCGGCGGUCUGUGUCACAGCAGCAGCACAACGCCGGUACUAGGUUUCCUGAGGCUGAGGGUCAGGCAAGCGAGUGCGGCGCACUGAGGAUCGUGACCGGCCAGAUCCUCGGCCCACAGGGACGGAUCCGUCUCCCCUGCCGUAGUCCAAGGCUGUCGCUUGCAGACAGCGAGUAUCCUGGAGGCCAGCUUGCGAGGGCCAGUUUGAGUGUAAUUUAAGUGACAUUUUCCCAUAAGAGCCAGUACCAGCUCGGCUUCGACUCCCGCACAGCUGACUGUAGAGCGCCAGAGUUAGUCUCAUCUUCAGAACCUUAGUUACCGUCGAAGGUCUUGAUGGCCUUCGGUGGUAACGAGCUAGCUAGCUUCCUUAGCCUGGGAGGCAUCCUUCAGAGACACUCUAGGGCCCUUGCCAUAGUCCCCAGUACUUAGAGGCCCCCAGUAAGCAAGACUGAAGCGAUGGAUGUUCGUCCUGCGUCUCCGCGUUCCUCGUUUCUAGAUAUGGACCAGAAACUCUCACAGUUAAUAGAGGAGCUCACAACGUCAGGAGAACCCCAGCUGAACGCUCAGAAAAUGAAGGAACUGAAGAAAAUUUGCAAGUCUUCAGAGGAGCAGCUGAGUCAUGCUUACCACCUGCUGAAGACACAGCUGACCCAGGACCAUGCUGAGAUACGCCUCUCGGCCUUCCAGAUCGUGGAUGAGCUCUUCACCAGGUCUCAUCAGUUCAGAGUGCUGCUCGUUUCUGACUUUCAGGAAUUCCUAGAGCUCACACUAGGCACAGAUAAUGACCAUCCCCUGCCACCUCCACGGGAGGCAGCCCAGAGGCUAAAGCAAGCAGCCAUGCAGGCUGUGGAAGGUUGGAAUGAGAAGUUUGGGGAGGCCUAUAAGAAGCUAGCCUUGGGCUACCACUUCUUAAAACACACCAAAAAGGUGGAUUUUCGGGAUGUCAAUGCUAGGACCGUGGCAGAAAGGAAGCGAGAAGAGGAGAAGCAGAAGCACUUGGAUAAAAUCCACAAAGAAAGUGCUGAACGGGCCACGAGGGAGAUGGAAGAAAUGUCUGAUGAAAUCAUAUGCUGCCUGACAGAAGUGGAAAACUGCUUUAAGCUGCUGGUGCCCUUGGACUUGGGCCCAUACCCAGAGGAUAAAUUCUUUGGUGAGGCAUUUGGCAUAACAGAGGGCCAUGUUCCUUGCACCUUGAGCCCAGACCUAGCAACUUCUUGUGAGUCUGAUCUCCCUGGAUCCCAGAAUGAAGAGCAGCCAUGCUGUAGCAAGGACCUGGUUGCCUCUACAUGCCAUGUAGGAUCUGUUGCUGGUCUGAAGGUACUAGCCCAAACAGCUAUGCAAGACUGCUCCAGGGACGAGGAUGAGCACAGCGACCCAGAGGAGUUCCUGAGGAGCCAUGGGCUAGGAUCCCACAAGUACACACUGGACGUGGAACUCCCCUCAGAUGGUCUCAAGGUGCAAGAGAAUGAAGACAACCUUGCUGUCCUCCAUGCCGCUCGAGACUCGCUCAAACUCAUCCGGAUCAAGUUUCUGCCAGCCGUUUGCUCCUGGGUCCAGCGGCUUGCCCGUGCAGGGGUCUACAGUGGACACUUAAAACAAGCCAUAGACCUGAAAAUGGAGUUGGAACUUGCUCUGAAGAAAUGCGAGGAACUGAACAUCAAGCCUGAGAGAGGACAGAGGAGCAGGACAGAAGCCCUGGAGGACAGCGAGGAUGAGGAUCAGGACUUUGUGGAGGUCCCAGAGAAAGAAGGUUAUGAGCCCCGAAUCCCUGACCACCUCCGGGCUGAAUAUGGGCUGGAGCCGAAGGCCCCACUGAAGACUCUGGAGAAAGGGGCGGCUGUGUGCAGCUUACAGGAGAGGACAAGGAGGAGGAAGGAGGAGGAGGCGUCAGACCCCACCUCUGCAGCUGCCCAGCUGUUGCGGCUCCAGGACUGCUUGCCAUCCAGCUCUCCCUCCUCUACUAGGGUACUCCUGGGGCCAGAGGAAGCCCAGAAGCAGGCAGAGCGGGCCCAAGCACCUAUUAUACCUUUCGGAGUGGACCUGUGUUACUGGGGCCAGGAGAAGCUAACAGCAGGAAAGAUCCUUAAAUCUGACUCUCAGCACCGCUUCUGGAAACCCAGCGAGGUAGAGGAGGAGGUGGACAGUGCCCAUGUUUCUGAGAUGCUCCAUAGCCGACACAUUACCUUUGCGGGGAAGUUUGAGCCUGUGCCGCACCAGUGCCGGGCCCUGAGGCCUAAUGGCAAGCUCUGCGAACGCCAAGAUCGGCUAAAGUGCCCAUUCCAUGGGAAGAUCAUCCCCAGAGAUGACAAGGGGCAGCCCCUCAACCCAGAGGACAGAGCCCGUGAGCAAAGGCGGCAGCUCCAGCAGCAGCAGGCACACCCAGAUUGGCAGGACCCUGAGUUUAUGAAGGACAUGGAGGCAGCCACGGGGGUGGACCUCGGCUCAUCGAAGUAUAGCAAGAAGGGCAAAGGGAAAAAGAGGAAGCACCCCAACCUCACUGACCUGCGAGAGCGCGCCAACACCACCCGGGCCCGCCUGGAGAAGAAGGUCUUUGCCAAGGCAGCUGUGCAGAGAGUAGUUGCUGCCAUGAACCAGAUGGACCAGAAGAAACAUGAGAAGUUUGCAAACCAAUUUAAUUAUGCACUGAAUUAAAAGGGUGUGGGAUGAAUGUGCUGUGGCCCCCUUUGAGCCUUUCACCAGUUUACUAGGAUAGGAGAGUAGGUUUAGGUCUGGGUUGAAUCAGAACUUGUUUUUAUGUAUGUAAGUAACAAUGGAAAACAAUACAUUAAAAUGCUCUCCAGUAGGCCAGGGAAUGUAGCUUAGCAGUAAGGCCAGGGUUUGGUUUUCAACUAUUUUAACCAUGCACAUGAUACCACACUUAUAAUCCCAGCUCUUGGGGACAUAAACAGGACUGUGAGUUCUAGGCCAGUAUGGAUUACAGAGCAAGGCUGCUUGAAAAACAACAAAAAGAUGUCUGAGGUGAUACACACGUAAUCCUGGCACUUAGGAGACAGAGCAGGAGAAUCAACACAAGUUAAAAACUAGCCUAGUAUAUGUAGUAAGGUACAGGCCAGCCAGACUUUGUAAGGAGAGUGUGUUUUGGGGGGGUGAGGAGAGGCCUUCAGAAUAGCCUACCACAAGGAGUCAGGGGUAAAGGCAGAUACCCCAUCUGGUUGCAGGUCAGGCCUUGGGCAAUAAGUGUGUCUCCAUUAGGACUGUGGACUUUAUGAUGGCUUUAGAAACUCACCCUUUCAUGCACACGCUGUUUAAUACAGAUGUUCAACUCUA